CGCAGACCAUCUUUAAAGGCCCGCAGCCACCCGAAGGUGCCUCGACAGCCGCCGGCGGCCCCGGACGAUCCGCAGCGGCACGCAGCACCCGGCUCCCGCGCCCGAGCUGCCGGGGCGCCAUGGGCCGCUACCGCAUCCGCGUGGCCACCGGGGCCUGGCUCUUCUCGGGGUCGCACAACAGCGUGCAGCUGUGGCUGGUCGGGGCGUGCGGGGAGGCGGAGCUGCAGCUGCAGCUGCGGCCGGCGCGGGGCCAGGAGGAGGAAUUUGAUCGCGACGUUCCCAAGGACUUGGGGCCCCUGCAGUUCCUGAAGCUGCGCAAACACCACUCCCUGGUGGACGACGCGUGGUUCUGCGACCUCAUCACAGUGCAGGGCCCGGGUGCCUGCGAGGAGGCCGCCUUCCCCUGCUACCGCUGGGUGCAGGGCCAGGGCGUGCUGAGCCUGCCCGAGGGCACCGCACGCCUGGCAGGAGACAAUGCCCUGGACGUGUUCCAGAAGCAUCGAGAGAACGAACUGAAGGAAAGACAAGAGCUGUACUGCUGGGACACCUGGAAGGAGGGGUUACCCCUGACCAUAGCUGCCGGGUGUCAGGACGAUCUGCCUCCAAACAUGAGAUUCCAUGAGGACAAGAGGCUGGACUUCGAGUGGGCACUGAAGGCGGGAGCGCUAGAGAUGGUCCUCAAACGUGUCUACACCCUCCUGAGCUCCUGGAAUCGUCCGGAGGAUUUUGAUCAGAUCUUCUGGGGCCAGAAGGGCGCCCUGGCUGGUCAGUGGUUCCCCCAGGUCCCUAUACAUUCCCGAGGGCCCCUCUGGACAACCCGACCUUCACAACCCAGAGUCCCCCACGACUCCUUCCCAGCUGAGGCCCUAGGAGGCCUGAUCAUCUCACAGCGGCCUCCAGAAUGCAAAGCCAGGGUCUGGAGACAGGGCGCUUGUGUGCCAGAACCGCUGGGGGGGGGCCUGGAGGAGAGGGACCUCCGGGUGCUGGUAAAUGCCCACUCCUACAUUCCACCUGACCCCACAGAGAAGGUCCACCAGUGCUGGCGGGACGAUGAGCUUUUUGGCUACCAGUUCCUCAACGGCGCCAACCCCAUGCUGUUGAGACGCUCCACCUCUCUGCCCUGCCGGCUCGUGCUGCCCCCCGGGCUGGAGGCACUGGGGGCCCAGCUGGAGAGAGAGCUCCAGAACGGUUCCCUGUUUGAGGCCGACUUCAUCCUGCUGGAUGGAAUUCCAGCCAACGUGAUCCGGGGCGAGAAGCAGUACCUGGCCGCCCCCCUCGUCCUGCUGCGGAUGACACCCAAUGGGAAGCUGCUGCCCGUGGUCAUCCAGAUCCAGCCUCCCAGCCCCAGCACCCCCACCCCCCAGCUGUUCCUGCCCUCAGAUCCCCCAUUCGCCUGGCUCCUGGCAAAGGUCUGGGUCCGAAAUGCCGACUUUCAACUGCACCAGCUCCAGUAUCAUCUGCUGAACACUCACCUGGUGGCCGAGGUCAUUGCUGUGGCCACCAUGAGGUGCCUCCCGGGGCUGCACCCUGUCUUCAAGCUCCUGAUCCCGCACAUCCGCUACACCAUGGAGAUCAACACCCGGGCCAGAUCCCAGCUCAUCUCAGAAGGAGGAAUAUUUGACAAGGCGGUGAGCACCGGCGGAGGGGGCCACGUGCAGUUGCUGCGUCGGGCCAUGGCUCAGCUGACCUACCGCUCCCUCUGUCCUCCCGACGACCUGGCUGACCGUGGCCUGCUGGGAAUCCCAAGUGCCCUCUACGCGCAUGAUGCUUUACGGCUCUGGGGGAUCACUGCCCGGUACGUGGAGGGCAUCGUCCACCUCUUCUACCACAGGGAUGACAUCGUGAGAGGGGACCCGGAGCUGCAGGCCUGGUGUCGGGAGAUCACUGAGGUGGGGCUGUGCCAGGCCCAGGACCGAGGUUUCCCCGUCUCCUUCCAGUCCCGGAAGCAACUCUGCCAUUUCCUUACCAUGUGUGUCUUCACAUGCACUGCUCAGCACGGGGCCAUCAACCAGGGCCAGCUGGACUGGUAUGCCUGGGUCCCUAAUGCCCCAUGCACAAUGCGGAUGCCCCCACCCACCACCAAGGAAGAUGUAACAAUGACCACGGUGAUGGGCUCACUACCUGAUGUCCGACAGGCCUGUCUUCAAAUGACCAUCACAUGGCAUCUGGGGCGCCGCCAGCCAGACAUGGUGCCUCUGGGGCAUCACAAAGAAAAAUAUUUCUCAAGCCCCAAGGCCAAGGCUGUAUUAAACCAAUUCCAAACGGAUUUGGAAAGCCUGGAAAGAGAGAUUACAGCCCGGAAUGAGCAACUCGACCUGCCCUAUGACUACCUGAAGCCCAGCCACAUAGAGAACAGUGUCACCAUCUGAGGCCUGCGGCACCCCCACCUGCAAGACUUAGAUCAGCUCCAGUACUAACAUUUCCAUCUUGAAUGUCAUGGUUUCCAAAGGCUCUGCUGCUAAAGCUCUAUUUUCUCCCCCAACCAAAUCCCCUACGUCAGUAUCCCACUCGCCCAGGGGGUGGGCAGCAAACCUUUCCUGUAAAGGGGCAGGUAAUAAAUAUUUUAGGCUUUGUAGGCUGCACGGUCUCUGUCACAACUACUUUAACUUCCCCGACAGGGCACAAAAGCAGCCACAGACGAUAUGUAAGUGAAUGAGUGUGACCGUGUUCCCGUAAAACUUAUGAGCAGUGAAACAGGAACUGCACGGGUCACAAAAUACUCUCCUUUUGCGUUG